CUACAAAUUUUGCAUCUGACUACUUACAUUCUAAAAUCACCAACAUAAAGUGCAAGAUGACGACUAUUGAAAUGAGAGUUCACAUGGACUGUGUGGGGUGCGAGAGCAGAGUUAAAUCUGCCCUUCAAAAGAUGAGAGGAGUGGAUGAGGUAGAAAUCGACAUGGUGCAGCAGAAAGUGACGGUAACUGGCUACGCUGAUCAGAAGAAGGUUCUGAAGAAAGUUAGAAAAACCGGGAGGAGAGCUGAGCUAUGGCAGCUUCCCUUUAACCCUGACCACAGCUCUCUCCUCGGUGGAGGAAGCAAUAGCACAAACGGUGGUUACUUCUACAACCCUCACGGCUGCAACGGCCCAAUCAAUCACCAUGCACCGGUCCCGGGCUCUUCUUACAAUUAUUACAAGCAUGGUUACGACAGCAACGACUAUUCGUCUUACCAGCACCACCCUGUUCAUGCCUCUAUCUUCAGCCACCAAGCUGGUUCUAAGUUCAGCGAUGAGAAUCCUAAUGCUGCUUGUUCUAUUAUGUGA